UCUUUCCCAAUAAAUGCACUAGGUUUCUUGCCUAGGAAUCUCACCGUUCCUCAUCCAAGUUCUUUCAAAAAUAAUAUCUUUACUUCAAUCAUGAACAUGAGAAGAUAUUAUCAACUCCUAAACCUAAGGAGAUCUAAAGGUCUUUAUAUGUCACAUAGAAGAUGUGUUCAUCAAACUAGUUCUGUUGAACCUCACCACAUUUGCCGCCACCCUCAGCCACCAACGCCGCCACAGCCGCGGUCGAUCUUUUCUUCCUAUGGUCAUAUAUCCAGAAACACAUACAGUAGAAAUGCUAUUGGUUCUUACAGUUUACUUCAGUCAACUCUAAACUCCAAGCAUUAUAGUUCUCAAGUGACUGUGAAGGGCAGAGAGGUCAUUUCAGCAGCUGCAACAGCAGCAUAUGAACACUGGCUCACCAUGUCAAACCUAGACCUUCUUCUACCACCUAUUGAAGCUGGUGUUUUCUUUUGUUACAAGAAAAAGAAAAAUGCAAACAUGUCCCCGGAAACAGUGGUAGACACGAUCAAGAAGUCGUUGGCAGGGGUGCUAUCGACAUAUUACCCGCUUGCUGGUGAGAUUGUGCAAAACAGCCAAGGAGAGCCGGAGGUGGUGUGUAACAACAGUGGGGUGGAGUUUGUUCAUGCACAUGCAGAUGUGGAGCUCAAAGACUUGGAUUUUUAUCAUCCUGAUCAUUCCGUUAGUGGAAAGCUGGUUCCCCAAAUAAAUCGCGGUUUGUUAUCAGUUCAGGUAACAGAGUUGAAAUGCGGAUCAAUGAUCAUAUCUUGUGCAUUUAACCAUCAACUAAGUGAUGCCUACUCAAUGAGCAUGUUCUUAGUUGCAUGGGCUAAGCAUGCACGCUUGGAAAAAAUGUCCAACCUCCCAUCAUUUCGGCCCUCAAUUUUGAACCCACGACACCCUCCUCAUUAUGAAACAUCCCUUGACAAUCUAUACGUCCCCAUGAUCACUUCACUCCCUCCUCCAUCAUCCUUUGAGGAACCCUUGGGAAGUCGCAUGUACCACAUUCGUGCAGAAUCAAUCGAACGUAUACAAUCUGAAGCAAGCACAAAAGAAACAAAAAGAAGCAAAUUCUUGUCAUUCACUGCAUAUGUGUGGAAACUAUUAGCAGAUGGAGGCAAUGAUGUUGGGAGCAGCAUAUCUAGAAUGGGCAUUGUCGUCAACGGACGGCGUUUUUUAACAGAAGUUAAUGAGAAAAGUUCAUCAUCGUUUGAAAACCACUAUGGAAAUGUACUUUCUGUCCCAUAUGGUGUGGCUGCAAAUAGUGAUCUCAAGGCAAUGGCACUUCAUGAAGUUGCAAACCGGGUUCAUGGGUUUGUGUCCGAGACAACAAAUGAAGAACAUUUUAGGGGUCUGAUUGAUUGGAUCGAGUUGCAUCGACCAGCACAGGCAGUUCCUAGGAUAUAUUUUGGACAUGAGAAAUCAGAAGGCAGGGAUGUGGUGAUCACAUCCGGAAGUAGUUUACCGAUCAACGAUAUGGACUUUGGAUGGGGCAAGCCUGAGUUUGGUUCGUAUCACGUCCCUUGGAGUAGUCGAACCGGAUACAUUAUCACCAUGCCGAGUGCAACUGGAAACGAGGAUUGGGUUGUUUGCAUGCAUCUCAACGAUAAGGAAUUUGAUGUGAUUGAGCGUAUGGCACCCAAUGUGUUUAUACCUCUUUCCAUUUCGAGUUUGGUUUAAUUUAUUUUGUAAAAUUUCUUUGUAUGUGGUUUGUUUGAAUGGUAUUUUACAUGCAUUUUGUUA